CAGUUUUGCUUGUGAUGUAAGUAGCGAUCCGGGUCUGCGGGCAGUGUUAGCGCAAUCGGGCAUAAAAGCUGUGCAGGGGGGAGAACAUGCGGGUACCCUAAUAGUCGCCUUCCUGAAGUCUGCAGCUCACUGACAGCAGAUCGAAAAACUGAUCUGCUGAGUGAAUAGAACCAUGGAAGUUUUAGAAGAAAAGCUUUCUCAUCUUCACCUGGCCAGGCGAUGCGCCGUAAAAGAUAAGGUGACUUAUGUUGUUGGCAUUGACGUGUCAAAACCUACAGAGGGACAGAAUGAUGAGAAGAUUGCGAUUUUAUGCUCAAAUAAAUCAGUUCAGUUAUAUGAUAAAGGAACUAUGGAUUUUAUCCGAGAAUAUAAUGGGCAUCCUGCGGUGCUAAGUGAGGUAAAAUUCUCUCACUCAAAUAGUCAUCUAUUGUCUUCAGCAUGUAGUGAUGGUACAGUAAAAAGCUGGGAUACACGGGUGUCUGGAACAGAUGCCAUGCAAAUAUUUACUGGCUACCCGUCCAAUGCCUUCAUCAGCUUUGAUAUAAGUUGCAAUGAUUUUGUCGUUUGUGCUGGGACAGAAAAAGUUGAAGAGGAUUCCUUCCUCGUUUUUUGGGAUGCCAGAUAUAAUUCUGGAAACAAGUCUGCACUCCAAGAUCCUCUUGGAGUUUAUGCAGAGUCUCAUUUUGACGACAUCACUAAAGUGUGCUUUCAUCCCACAAAUCCAAGCAUGGUAGCAUCUGGAUCCACCGAUGGCCUUGUCAAUAUAUUUGAUAUCAGCAAAGAUAAUGAAGAUGAUGCAUUAGAUGCUACAUGCAACUCCGACUCUUCGGUGAGUUUCCUGGGAUGGGCAGGACGAGAUUCUGACCAGAUUUAUUGCCUCACACACGACGAAGGUUUUUAUUGGUGGGAUCUUGCUCAGAUAGAUACCGACAAACCAAUUACAUUGUCCAAAAUUCAAGAUAUGAGAGAGGAAUUUGCCACACAUAAUAUUGAUUAUAUGAUUGGUGGAAUCUAUCAUAAAAAGGAAAAUACAUUAUUUCUUCUUGGAGGAUCUCACAGUGGCAGUGUUAACCUGUUAAAAUGUGACAAUGAUGGUGUCAAGCACGUAAAAACCUCACAUGGAGGGCAUUCGUCCACCGUACGAUCUUUUUAUUGGAAUUUUGAAGAUGACUCUCUCUUGACUGGUGGAGAAGAUGCACAUUUGCUAUUCUGGAAACAAGGAAGUUCGGGUACAUCACCCCUAAAAAAAGAAUCCAUGAAAAUCGCAUCGUCUGUGCAGCAGCGAGUACGAGUGCACAAUAAGAAGUCUUACAGGACUAAGUAAAAAUGCCUGGAAUUGUUUCACAAUUUCAUUUACAUUUUUGUAAUUUAAAAAUAUUGGCUUGUGGUUUUUAACAUAAAGUAAUAAAAUCUGUUGUUACAAAUAAUAGUUUGCCAAUUUAAAAUACAAUUAUUGUUCACUGCUUCGACAAGUUUCAUCGUAUUGUAAUUGUAUAAUUGUCUUUCUGAUUUCAGAAAUGAUUUUAAUAUUUACAGGGGCACGUCACCUUAAAAUGUAUUGUUUUCAAAUUGUUCACUGCAAAUUACUUUCCCCCCACAAUAUAUCCAUUUUCAAAUGAAUUGGAGUCAUUUUUAUCCAUCCUUUGUUGCUCAGUAGCAGCUCAGUAAGCUUUGCUGCUUACUCACCAAACUAGGAAUUUGAUACAUUCAUUGAUACAUUUUUCAGAAGCACAUUCAGCACCUAGUGAGCAUGCACCUUGAGCUUUACUAAAGUCUGUAACAGAGGAGCAUCACACAAAGUAAUGAAAUGUAUCAGUUGUAACAGUAUAGAAUGUCCUAUGACCAAAGAGAGCUGCCACUGGGAAAAAUAUGUGGGGCAGAAAUGAAACUAUUUAUAUUAAAGCUUUUUAGAAAAUAAUGUGAACUGCCCCUAUAACAUUUCUGAUUUAAAUCUUUAGGGUCAAUAAAAAAAUCCCACUUUUAUUUCUCCAGUUUAACAACAGCUGUAGUUCGACACUCAAUUUUUUUUUAACAAUUAUUAUUAUUGGAGUUUUAAAGAUACAGGCAUACCUGAACAUGAUAAUGUAUUAAAAGGUUACAACAAUGA